AUGAACAUUCAAGUAAACCCGCAAAAUAUGGACGGGUAUCAAACUGUUUCUGAUGAUUCUAGGGCCGAACAGAUUUCACAAAAUAAACAUGCUAUGAAAUCAAAGUUGGAGCAAAUUUUC